AUGGGUUGUGUCUGUUUCCAAAUAUUGACAACUUUGAGUGCUAUUAAGAUCUUCAUGAAAGGAAACCCUGUUUCUACCUUGCUUGGGGACACUUACUACUCUAUUCAUCUAAUAAAUUCUUAUGGAAAGGGAAUGAUUACUUCUUGUACUCCUUUGCUAUACAAUUGGUACAUCUCUCAUCUGCCUGACACCCAUGAGUUUUGGAGUCACAAAGGACUAAAGUGGUCACACAAGAUCAUGACUCUCACCAACACUGAUAUUGUUUGGACUAACAAUCACUUUUGUAGGAUGAAAACUUUGGAUUGUUGUGGUGAUUUCCCUAAUGUGCCCCUUAUUGGUACAAAAGGAGGAAUUAGCUAUAGCCCCAUUUUAGAUCGUCGUCAAUUUGGGUUUCCUAUGGACAAAAAGCCAAGAAAAAUUUUAUUGGAUGGGUUCUUUCUUGAAGAAAAAGUUGAAAGCAAAGAGUUUAGGGAAAUGAUUGCUAAUGCUUGGCACCCAAGCCAUAGAAAUAAAAUUAAAGAUUGGAAGAUAAAAGGUGAUCACUCACUUGAGCCCUUUGAUAGCUGGGUUGGUUCAAGAGCUGCUGAACUUAGGAUACCUAUUCUCCCCGGGACAUCUCUACCUCCUGUUAAGAAGUCUCCUCCACCUGUUGUGUCUCCACCAACAACUGAAGACCUCCAAGAAGCUCUAAGGAAGAUGAAGAAGUCAAGAGAUCAUUGGAAGAAGAAGUUUGAGUAUUCUGAAGCUGAAUUGGGGAUGAUGGAAGAAUCCUAUGGUGAUCUAAUCAAAGUAAAAGAUGAUCAACUAUUCCUCCAAGAUGGAUGGCUCAUGGAAAAGGAUCUCACCAGUGCCAAGUAUACAAGAGAGAAGAAGAGAAAACAAGAAGCAAAAUCACUCCCUCCAAAGGAAGCUGCAUGGAAGAGUAUUAUUGAGAAGUUGGAGAAGGUUAAGCUGAAGAAGAAGAAGAAGAAGUUUCAAGAUGACAUGGAUACUUCUCACUAA